CUCAAAGUUUUGUUUUUUUUUCGCUUGGAUUUUCUCAAACUUGACCAGAUAUCACCGUCCUAAUCGAGCGAUCAAUUCGUCAAAUAUAAACGGUAUUUUCCUUGAUGUCACAUUUGUCAUUUCAUCUGGUCGGAUUAAUUGGUAUUUAUUACAGACGCCCUGGUAAUUAUAUGGUUGAGUUCAUUCUAUAGUUUGGUUCCACCAUGGAUAUCAGCUUCGUAUUUCGGUGAGGUUUCACCUCCAGCAGACCCGCAUCAAUACUUCAAUCACAUUAACAUGUAUUUUGGUAUGACGCACCAGUGAUGCAUCGCGCUUUAUUUCUUAUAAAGUAAACAGUUUCCGUUGAAACAAAAAAAUUUUUUUGUAUCCCUUUAAUUUGAAAUUAUAGCUUUUUUUUUUUUUUAAAUUGCUCUUUUUUUUUAAAAGGGCGCUCUUUUAAAAAAUGGCACCUUUUCUAAGUGACCCUUUUUAACGAUACUAUUUUUUCUGCAUGUUCUACACAUCCAUUUAAGAUUAUAUUUAGCGUUGAAAAUAUAUUUUACCACAUUUUUUGGAUAACAACUCCCCUCGGAAUCAAGCUGAUCGUUUCAUUCAAGACCCACUUUGGUGAUCAACAAUAGUUUUAUUUUUUUAAAAAGAUAGCCACGACCUGAUCCCAGGCGAUGGUUCCUGUUGGCCUCUGGUCUGACGUGAGCGUGUCAAGCACUGAGAUGCAGUCAGUGAACUACUAGCUAACGAGGAAACAAUUUUAAGUCCGAUAACAUGUUGCCCUGUAGUUGGAUACCUGGCAUGGUCUCUGCUCUCUCCCUUGUGAUAGUGAUUCACGUUUGCCGUUCAGUGGUGGGCAAGGACUUUGUCAUCCAACCACGUGGUUCCUACGACUACAUUGUCGGUGAGUUGUUUAAGUCUAAUUCAUUGUUCUGUUUCCUUUGCUAAUUAAAUUAACGAUGGGGUGUGAUAGCUACUAUAUCGAAAGCCCCAUCAAGACCGUUAUAAUCAUUAAAUUUGCUGGUGACAUCGCCAUCGUCGGCUUAAUAUAGGAAGGGGAAAGCUUUUACCGCAAUCUGAUAAAAAGCUUAAUCAGUUAGUGCGAUGAAAAUUUUCCUCAGUUAAAUGUCUCAAAAACGAAAGAAAUUGUUGUCGCUUUCUGGAAAUAGCCCGAUUGAAGGGUUCACAAUACAUAAUCACAGCAUAGAGCAAGCAGAGUCAUAUGAGGAGCUAGAAGUCACAGUAUAGAGCAAGUAGUGACAUAUAAGUACCUAGAUGUCACAGUAUAGUGCAAGUAGUGACAUAUUAGUACCUAGUUGUACUACCGAUCCCAACUUAAUAUAUUCUUCAAAACAAAAAAAAAAAACAAUAAUUUUUUGGGUAAUGUUGAAAGGGGGAAGAAAAAAACAAGAGGUUGGGCGGGGAAAAAAGGGGGGGGGGGGGGAGAAUGAACACAUUGUCGUUAUUGAAUCCAAAAUAUGAAAUGGUAGCUUUACAAAGAGUUUGCAUCCCUGUAAUAAAAAUGUGUGGUUCAAGAACUUUAAUCAAGUGAGUACGAAUCACUGUAUCAUGUAACAUAUCGUUGUAAUAUUUCCUAAGACUUCAUCAACGUUUCAUGAAUCGACGACUUCCCAGCUACGAUCACCGACUCCCUGUUUGGGGCAUGAUUGCGGCAAAUUCAGAUCUAAAUCAUACAAUUGUAGCUGGGAUCUGACUAUAUGCAAUAUUUUAAUCUUAUACAACUGAUUAGGGUUCAUCAAACUUUCGGUAAUAUUUUUGCCUUACAAGAAUGACUUAGUACAUUCAGCGUCCCAAACAAGCUAUAGGUCUACCAUAAUAUAAGUUACCAUUAUAUAAGUCUACCGUUGUAAAAGACACAUUUUAAGAUUAUUAUUUUUUUGUUUGGCCUGUUGCGUCUUAGUGAAUAUCGCUCUGUGUGCCAAGUCUGACACACGUACCGUAGGUUGCUGGCCCCUGUGUGUUUUUAUAUAAUAUCAAGCAGGUUUGUGACAUCAUCCGUGUUCUAAUUCAAGAUAUUUGUGCAAUAUAACUAAAACGCCCGGUAUUUCUUAACAUUAUGAUCUAAUCCGCAUAUGGACAUGAAAUACAACAUACGUGUAUAAUGAUCAAAUACCAUUCUCUGUUAUGAACAGUUGGUGGAGGCACGGCCGGCUCCGUCAUCGCCAGCCGUCUGUCAGAAGACAGUGACGUCACGGUUCUGCUCCUGGAACAAGGGGGUGACGACCGUGGCAUCCCCGCCAUCACGGUGCCGGCGCUCUUCCAGCAGACGUGGACCUGCCCAAAUCUCAUGAGGUUCUAUUUCAGUGGUGAGUUUCUACGGAGCGCGUCAUCGCUGGCGUCAUCGCUGGCGUCAUCGCUGGCGUCAUCGCUGGCGUCAUCGCUGGCGUCAUUGCGGGUGACGAUUUUUCAAUGGAAAUGUUUGUUUGUUUGUUUUUUUGUUUGUUUUUUUUUCGAUUUUUAAAUUCGUCCUUUUCAGACUUCAGAUAAAAAUAUGUAACAAGAAAGAAAGAGAACAUCAAUAGUGUGUGAUAUUUUGUUUUUAAAUCCACUAAUUUUGCUUAUCAAAUGAAAAACAUUUCAAACAUGAAAUUAUACAUAUCAUCAUACAUGAUAUCAUGCAUGAAAUUAUACCUUACUCAAAUUAUGACGGUAGUCGUCAAAUUAUUUUGCACACUACGCAAAAUUUUUUUGUCUUGAUUUUAUAUAAUUUAUUCUGUUAAUGUUCCAUGGACACAGUGACGGGCUUCAGUGUGUUCUGCACUGAUUCCGUUUCUAACAACUUACGGCUUUAACUAUAAUACCGUAUUACCUUAUUUAAAAAUGUUAAGCACGUUAAAUUACAUUAUUUUUGCCGAUGCACCAAUUGUUAAUGAGAUUAAAAAUAAAGGAAAGUUAAUGAAUCAACCUAAUCGGUAGUUGUUUACCCAUACCGUUAUCAACAUCGGCCUUUUCAAAAUAAUCUACUUGUUGUUCCACUUCUUUAAACCUAGUGCCUAAGCCCGAUGCGUACAAGCACAUGCAGGGCGGUCAAGCUCAGUGGCCGAGGGGAACCGUCCUGGGCGGCUGCAGCAGCAUCAACAACAUGGCGUACCUCCGCGGGGCGAGAGAGGACUACGAGCGGUGGGCCCGCCACACCGGGGACGCCGGCUGGGACUACCAGCACGUGCUGUCGUAUUUUAAGAAGAUGGAGAAGGUCACGAACCCGGAGCUGAAGAGCUCCGUUUACCGCGGGACGGACGGGCCGGUGAGCGUGACGAGAGCGUCCACAGUGUACGAGCUGACGGACACGAUCCUUGACGCAUUCCUGGAGCUCGGGUAUAAAUACAACGAGGACUUCAACGGCGAGACGAUGGAGGGCGUCUCCAGGUCGCAGUCCAACACCGACCGCGGUGUGAGGUCCAGCACGGCCAGGGCGUACCUCCACCCGGCGCUGGGGCGUCCGAAUCUGGACGUCGCCAUCAACGCGACGGUUCAGAAAAUCAUCAUCGAGGACAAGAGAGCCGUGGGCGUUCAGCUCAGCAAAGGGGCGCAAUCGAUGAUCGUCAGCGCCAACAGGGAGGUCAUUCUCUCCGCCGGGACCUUCGGGUCAGCACAGCUUCUGAUGCUGUCGGGAAUCGGACCGAAAGAGCAUCUGAAAGAGCUAAACAUCUCACUGGUCGCCGACCUUCCCGUUGGUGAAAACCUCCAGGACCAUCUGAUAUUCGACCUCGCCGUGUCCAUCAACGCAUCGACCGAUCUGCCCAAUGAUGUGCUGACGUCCUACUGGGCGGUCACCGAGUAUAAUGAGCUAAAGAAAGGGCCGCUCACUCUGACUGACUCUGGUGUCGCCUUUCACACGAGCACGACGGACGAGGCGAGGCGCUUGGACUGGCCGGAUGUUAAAAUCUUGUUCGCCUUGACACCGCCGACGGCUGCCAACAUGUUAGUGGUACGUUGACAUACGCCAGUGGCUUUAGUUGAAAUAUAUUUAAGAGGCAAAGUAAAAUAUGCCAGUGAUAAGAUAAAUGUUGAAGGCAAAGCUACGAAAUGAAUGUGAUAGUUAGCAACGGAUUAAGGCCAGAGGUACGUAACAACAAGGCAGUGGUAAGUUAUAACAAGGCAUUGGUAAGUUACAACGAGGCAGUGGUAAGUUACAACGAGGCAGUGGUAAGUUACAACAAGGCAGUGGUAAUUUACGAGGCAGUGGUAAGUUACAAAGAGGCAAUGGUAAGUUACAACGAGUGGUAAGUUACAACGAGGCAGUGGUAAGUUACAACAAGGCAGUGGUAAUUUACAACGAGGCAGUGGUAAGUUACAAGGAGGCAGUGGUAAAUAACAAAAAGUCGGUGGUAAUUUACAACGAGGCAGUGGUAAGUUACAAGGAGGCAGUGGUAAGUUACAACGAGGCGUUGGUAAGUUACAACGAGGCAAUGGUAGGUUAUGAAUUGCCAAUGUUAAUUCACAACAAAACUGCGAAUGGCUCCGCCUUCAAAUGUUUUUUCUCAGGAAUUUCAGAUGAAAUAUUGAAAUUACUCAUUGUUUGUUGUUGUGUAGCGUAACUUGUGUAGUGUUUAUGUUGUAGCUUUUAUUGUGAUCGUUUAUGCUGUACGGUUUAUUGUCAAUUGUUUAUAGUUUACUGCCUAGUAGUUUUUAUUGGGCUGUGUUUACUGCCUAGUCGUGUUUAUUGGGCUGUGUUUACUGCCUAGUAGUAUUUAUUGGGCUGUGUUUACUGUCCGUAAUUGGCUGGGUAGUGUUUACUGUUUAUUGUUUAUUGGCUGGUUUAUAAAAUGUUUAUCGUUUCCUUCCAGCACCAUUACAGCCCUGACCUGGUUGACGAGCUUUCACCGCGCUACAACGUCACACACGGGUUCGCCCUAUGGCCCCUGCUCACCAGACCGGAAAGCCGGGGCACCCUGAGACUACGAAGCAAAGACCCCCGCGACGACCCCAUAAUCGACCCCAACUACUACGCCCGACAGGAGGACGUCGACCUCAUGGUCCGUGGGGUGGACAUCUGCCGAAAGGUCCUCAAGACCAAAGCGAUGGCCGCCGUCGACGCUAAACUUGUCGACACGGUUCACCUGAACAUUUGCGCGGAGCACGAGUUCGACUCCAAGGAGUUCUGGGCGUGCGCCAUCAGAGCGAGACCCAGGACCUUACAUCACGUGGCCGGGACCUGUAAAAUGGGUUCGCCGAAUGAUCCCACAGCCGUCGUCGAUCCCCAGCUCAGGGUGUUGGGGGUCGAGGGACUCCGGGUCGCUGAUGCCUCAAUCAUGCCCUUCGUCGCAUCGGCGAACAUUCAUGCUCCCACCAUCAUGAUUGGGGAGAAGGCGGCUGACUUAAUCAAAGGGAAGCAGCUUCCACAGACCGUUAUUUAUAGCAACGCUCAAUCCACUCGCCCACUUAUAGAUACGAUUGUGGUUAUAAUACUAUGCAGUAUCAAGUUGGAGGUCUUUUAGAGCCACUGUAGACAAGGGGUGGUGAAGCUUCUCGUGCUGGAAACGUGUUGUUUAGUUCCAAAUUCGCUGAGCUGAUUGUUUUAUAUAACAUCAAACUUUGGUUAAAGAUGACUUUUCAUAAUUUAGUUUAGUCGCUGCAUUUGAUACAUUUUUCAACACCUUUGCCAUUAAUUCAACUAUUUUAAAACGAUCAAUGAAUUCGAAUCUGAGUUAGAACCGAAUGAAAUAACAUGGAUGCAGGGCUGGCUCAAGGCGGCUACGAUGCGUGAUCAUCACACAGGCGCCAAGGUGCCCAAAAACGCCAAAGGCGGCAAAAUUUGUUUAAAAAAAACAAAAAACUAUUUCUGAACUUUUCCCAUAAUUUUCCAGAGGGCGACAAUUGCCCUAAUUUCACCCAACCUAACAAUGUCUAGCGCCAGCCCUGAAAUCCCUGAAAUGGUUGUCUUGUUGGUGAGACAUUUCCGAAACAUGACUGACUAUAAGCGAAACUGAGAGUGUUCAUGAAAGAAAUUAGAAUUCUCAGAAGUAAUUAAGCAUUCCGGUACGAUUAUCGAACAUCUCUUUGAAAAAUUCAUGUUUAUAACCUACAUAUUGUCGCUGGAUAAUGUCACCAGUAGUGCAAUUAUAAGAUGAGAGCAUUUGUUUAAUGUCACUUCGAAAUUUAGUGGACUGUAUCAAACCCUUGCUGGCGGGUGCAGCUAAUUAUAAUACAUGGCCGACGUAUGAAUUAUAGGCCCCAGGAUUGUCAUCGACGAUCUAACUUAAACUGUCCAGGAAUUAAGUACAUUUAAAAAUGUGUACAAAACUAGUCAGAGAUAGAUGGACGCUCAAUUCAAUCAUCAAAAAAAAAAACGACUGUCAACAAUAUGCUAAAACUCCUGAUGGGCAAUACAAUUUAUGCUCUAAACCUUACCCACCAUUUCAAAAAGUUAUCGUUUAUGCAUACUUGGUGUAAGGUGAUCCUUUAGCUCAACUUAAAUUUCACUAUCCUAACGUAAGUCUUACUAUGGCCAAACACAAGCCCGCUUUCAUUUGUAUGUAAUGAAAGAGACAGCACUUAAGAAAUUUCAUUUGCACGUACCUGAAAAUGUAUGUACAUUAUUAUGUAAAUGAAUGAAAAUAAU